AUGAUUGAGGAGGGCAGCAAGAGCAGCAAGGCCACAGUGGAGAAGAGGCAGCUCUUUAUGGAGAUGAGAGCACAAAACUUUGAUGUAAUCCGGCUGUCAACGUAUAGGACGGCGUGCAAGCUACGAUUUGUUCAGAAAAGAUGCAAUCUUCACCUGGUGGACGUGUGGAACAUGAUUGAGGCGUUCCGUGACAACGGGCUCAGUACGCUGGACCACAAUGCUGAGAUCAACGUGUCACGACUUGAGACCAUCCUCUCCUCCAUCUUCUACCAGCUGAACAAGCGCCUGCCCACCACUCACCAGAUUAACGUGGAGCAGUCUAUUGGCCUGCUGCUCAACUUUAUGGUGGCCACCUAUGACAGUGAGGGUCAUGGGAAACUCACAGUUUUUUCUGUGAAGUCAAUGCUGGCGACCAUGUGUGGUGGGAAGAUAGUUGACAAAUUACGAUACAUUUUCUCUCAGAUAUCGGACUCCAGUGGGACGAUGGUGUUCGCUAAGUUUGACCAGUUUCUGAGGGAGGUGCUGAAGCUCCCCACGGCUGUGUUUGAGGGCCCUUCGUUCGGCUACACGGAGCACUCAGUGAGGACGUGUUUCCCUCAGCAGAAGAAGAUAUUGCUGAACACCUUCCUGGAUGUGAUGAUGGCAGACCCACCCCCACAGUGCCUCGUUUGGCUACCUCUCAUGCACCGACUGGCCAACGUAGAGAACGUCUUCCAUCCGGUGGAGUGCUCGUACUGCCGGAGUGAGAGCAUGAUGGGUUUUCGCUACCGGUGCCAGCAGUGCCACGGCUACCAGCUUUGCCAGAAUUGCUUCUGGCGUGGCCAUGCCAGCGGUCCCCAUAGCAACCAGCAUCAGAUGAAGGAGCACUCCUCAUGGAAGUCCCCAGCCAAGAAACUGAGCCAUGCCAUCAGCAAGUCUCUGGGUUGCGUGCCCAUAGGAGAGCCUCCCCACCCUGUGUUCCCCGAGGCAGCUGAGAGACCGCAGGACCUGGCACACCCUGCUCAGCUGAAGCCAGUGUCCAACAACAUGAACGAUACCAUUCUCAUGUCCUCCGGGGCACCCACAUCCACCAAAAGCAGUACUCUGGAGAGUCCCAGUCGGCUGGAUGAAGAGCAUCGUCUCAUUGCUCGCUACGCUGCCCGUCUGGCAGCCGAAGCAAGUAAUUCUACACAAUGCCCUCCCACUGACCUGAGCUUCAACUUUGAUGCCAACAAGCAGCAGAGGCAGCUCAUCGCCGAACUGGAGAACAAAAAUAGGGAGAUCCUUCAGGAGAUCCAGCGGCUGCGUUUGGAGCAUGAGCAGGCCUCACAGCCAACACCAGAGAAAGCUCAACAGAACCCCACACUCCUCGCAGAGCUACGCUUGCUCCGGCACAGAAAGGAUGAGCUGGAGAAGCGCAUGUCGGCGCUGCAGGAGAGCAGGCGGGAGCUGAUGGUGCAGUUGGAGGGUCUCAUGAGGCUGUUGAAGGAUGAAGAGCAGAAGGCCGCUCAGACAGGGGGCUCGCCCCACUCCUCGCCCAGCCACAGCGCCAGCUGCACCAUGCCCAUGCCCAUCCGCUCCACCUCCGCCGGCUCCACUCCCACACACACACCGCAGGACUGCCUGGCUGGGGUCGGGGACGACGUGCUGGAUGCCUUCUCUCAGGGUGUACCUAGAAAUCUCCGUAAUGAUCUUUUGGUGGCUGCAGACUCAAUCACGAAUACCAUGUCGUCACUGGUAAAAGAGCUCCACUCAGUGGAUGACGGUCUGGAGGAUGAGGAAGUGAACAUGCGGAACGGAAGGGACAAAGUGUCAGCGCAGAGGCAUUAUGGGAACAGGCACUCCACCCCCUCAUUCUAGACGUCUGGAUGUGACUGGCGAGAACCAGCAGCGACCCUAUUCCUGGCAUUAGCACGUAGAGUAAUGCAUGCUCUUCCCAACCGGGUUUCACUAUGUGAAACGAACACUUCAUCACAUUUUGCAGAGAGCAAGCUGUAUCUACUAAGGAGAAUAUAAAUAUAUAUAAAUAUAUAUAGCGCUAUAUAUGUCUUAUCUGUAUAAACCUGUUGUAAUUAUGUAACAAUCUCAUUCAUGACUGCAAAGGAAUGGCUUGUUUGUGCUUCGUCACGCCAAACUUUAUUGAUUACCAGUCUCAAAAACGAAUCACACUGUGCGUAGUCAGUGUUAGCACUGGAAACGUCCGAGCAAUCUCAGCUGCAGCUCCUGUAGGUGUCCUCCUCUUGCUCCUCCAGAUGAAGAUUUUGUAUAAUUAGUGAUAAUUCUUGUGUUAUUUGAGUUUUUUUUUGCAUGAAUUUAAAAACAGAGGAGCCUUGUCUUUAACCUUGCAUGAGGCAUUUAUUUUGACUGAGGUGAGGAAGUCUUCAUCCGGUCAUGUUCUUCAGAACUGCUGCUACUACACUCAACCCAUGAUAAUGCGCCAGAUCAGGGCUUUCCUAUAGAGCCUAUAGGUGUUUGUCAGGGAUCUCUAUGAUGAUGCUAAGUUUAGCCAGUUGUUGCUACGUGUAUGUGGUCUAAUUCCACUGUUAUUUUGUACACCUGUUAACAGCCUUCCAGUUAGGCCAUGUUGCAUUCCAGCCACAUGGCGUUCCAAACAAUGGUUCAUUAAACAAAUACACAGACUAUUUAAAGGAUAAUUCUGCUGAUUUCCAAAAGUUCUGCGUAAUUCAGUUGUUGAGAUGUAAACAAGGGCACACUGAUCAAAAAUUAU